ACCCCACUUCAUUAUGCAGCUGGAAAUAAACAUCCCAACAUAGUUUCUGAAUUACUGGAUAAAGGGGCAAAUCUUAAUGUGAAAGAUAUAUUCGGACAGAGACCACUUCAUUACGCAAUUAUAUAUAAUCAGAACCUCAUAGUUUCUCAACUACUUAACAGAGGAUCAGAUCCAAGUGUCGUAGAUAAACACGGCAUGACACAUCUUCACUAUGCAGCGAUGUAUGAAGCUAUAUUCGCAGUUUCUGAACUAAUUAACAGAGGAUUAAAUCCAAACACCACAGACAAAAAUGGACAGACACCACUUCAUUGUGCAGCAGAAAUGAAUAAAACAACAGAGGUGGUUGUUGAAUUACUAAACAGAGGAUCAUCUCUAGGACUGAUGGAUAAAAAUGGACAGACAGCACUUCACUGCGCAGCUAAGAAAGGAUCAUUGAACAUAGUUUCUGAAUUACUCAAUAGGGGGUUAGACCCAAAUGUGGAAGAUAACAGUGGAAGUACACCACUUGAUUAUGCCGCUAAAGAUGGAUAUACAAUCACAGUUCGUCAAUUAAUUAAAAGCGGAUCCAAACUUAAAAGGGUAUUUGAAAACCAGGAAGAGCAAGCGGAAGCGAAAAGGUUGCAAAAACAAGAAGUCGAAGAACAGCUGAGAGCACUUGGUCUUGAAAAUGUUAUUGAUUUACAAGAGAUCUUGCACGAAAAUUACCAGAGGUGUUUUUGGAAUCGGGUUUAUUUGGUUGGUCCAUAUUCUGUCGGGAAAAGCUGUUUAGCAAAAAUUCUUGUUGGUGAACCAGUCCCAAUAAUAAGGCAGUCUACUGAUGGUAUAUGGAUAUACAGGGGAAAAGCUGGAAUGAACAUUGACAAGAUGGAAUGGGUAUUUUUCCCAAAAGGUAACGCAAUUACAGAGGUACUGACAAACAUGCUGAUGUCUAUGUCAACAAAUGAAAAAGGAAAUUCCACCGAAGAUAGACUUGAUGAUGUCCCUCUAAAUGAAAAUAUAACAACAGUUAAACGUUCAACAGUUAGUUUUAAAGAAGAGACAGAAACUUUCAAAUUAUCCGGCAAUUCCAAAUCGGCAGAUCACAUCGAUGAUAAUACUUCUUCAGAAUGUGAUUUUGAAACAUUAAGUAAUCAAAAACAUAAAGAUGCGUCGGAGAUUAAAAUAACUAAAGAGAAAAAACAACGUGUCCUGGUUGUAUCUGAUGAUUCAGCGAGUGAAUGGAGGAACCAAAUAACAAGCGAUAUGUCUGCAGACAAAAUACAUGAGCUAAUUGUGAAAGCAGUUGAGGAAGGUAAAUACAGACAGAUGGUUGUACCAAUAGACAUCUGGGACUUUGGGGGCCAGAAGGAUUAUUAUAUGACCCACCAGUUGUUCAUCACAAGCAGAGGAAUAUUUGUGUUGAUGUUUAAUGGGUCUGUUGAUCUUAACAAACAUAUGCCAGACCUAAGCUUUCUUCCAGGACAUUUUGGAAAACCAACAGUUGCAGUUUAUCUGCUGCACUGGGUUAAUUCAAUUUUGACAUACUGCAAGAGGACAGAUGGUGGUUUUCCGCGAAUAAUCUUCGUAGCUACGCAUAAAGAUGACAAGUGGUUCCAGUGGACACAAGAAGCUCGAAGAAACCAACUCGAAGAUGAGCUGCAACAGUUGUUUGAAACACAUUCUGGUUUGAAGCAUUUGGAAUUUAAACCGUUGAUAUUUGUUGAUGCCACAAACCCAGAAGAUCCUGAAAUUGAAGAUCUAAGAGAAAGGCUGAUGCAAAGGGCAACAGAACAUCCUAGAUGGGGCGAAUCAAUGCCAACAAGAUGGAUUCCAUUGGAGUUACAGUUGGCCCAGAAAUCGGCAGAAGGCACAAAUAUUAUUUCCCGUGAUCAACUAUUGGCAUUAAAUUCUAAAAAUGAGUCAAUGGUUUUAUCAGAUAAGCAGAUAGAAACAUUUCUGAAGGUUCAACAUUCACUUGGGAAACUGUUGUACUUUGAUUUAGAAAACCUACGUCAUUUUAUCAUUAUAUCACCAGCAUACUUAGUAGAAGUCCUGCGAUCUAUAGUCAGAGAAAUCCAGUUCUGGCCUAAAGGAGAGUUGUUUUCUAGAAUUUUGAGUAAUCUUCAGGAAACUGGAAUGAUUGAACGGAAUGAUAUCUACUUUCUCUGGGAACAGGACGACUUCAACCAAAUUCUGCCAUACAAGGAAUAUAUGAUUCAAAUCCUUGUACAUCUUGAUGUUAUAAUUGCACCUAGGACUAGCUUUGGAGGUGUAAACAUUCCGAUAAACGAUGUUUCUCGCUUUAUGGUCCCCUGUAUGGUAACAAAAGGAAAUGACACCAUGUACCUUAAAAAGUUUCGGAAUUCGAAUAAUUCCAUCAUUCUAGCUUAUUCGUUUACUGAACAGGUUAUACCUCCAGCCUUGUCAUAUCGCUUUUUGAGUUCUUUAAUCACAUCGUGGGAUAUAAAGAAUUAUAAAGGAAGAAACAGAGAAAAAAGAAUGUUUUUCAGUGAUCUUGCUAUUGUCACGAUUGAUAGCUCUCAUGACGUAGCAGUCCAAGUGGAAACAAAUAGAGUCAUUGUCUCCCUUAUCCAUGCCAAGACAAAAGAAGAUAUAAUUCCAACUCUUGCUUCUUCUCUUCAAGAAUGUCUUACAGCGGCAAUAGUAAGAAUAUCCGAAUUCUACUCAGUGUUAUCCGAAGACAUAACAUCUGCGAAUGCAAGUACAGUCCUACCGUUCAACAUUGAAUUUGGAGUAUUCUGCAAAUCAAAAAUGUGUUUCUUUGAUCACAAUGAGAUGCAUUUAUCAACUGAUGAAGCCGUAUGGAUUUGUAAAAAGCACAAGCAACGACAUGCAACUAAAAACCUUAGUGCUUGGUUUUCCUCAAAGGAACCAUGUAAUGUGUGUAAAAUAUCAUGCGACGGACUUGGGAGAUUAGAAAGUGAACAGUGUCCUUUACCACAGCAUAUUGUGAGGCUAGCUGCCCGACUCUCUCCUGUGGAGAUCCGUGAGAUCGCCAUUUUGUUAGGAUUUCAGGCAGAAGAAUGGCAUGAUUUAGAACACCAAUUCCAGCACCAAACGUCAAAUGACCUUAAAUUUAUGGCAUUAUGGUCUAGUAUACUUAAGAGAAAGAAUUGUAGUUUCCAUGACCUGAAAAAUGUUCUAGAAGACAAAGGACUGAGUGCUCAUUUACUCUGUCAGGUGUUCAGAGAUGUGGUGAUAGAUGUUUCUGAUAUGGCAGACGAGAAACUGAACAAAAUUCCGUCUGUCGAUGCGCUUCAUGAUUUGUCAAACCACAUCGGGAACAGCACAAUGCAGCUUGCCAUCGAGUUAGAGGUGGAUUUAUCUUAUUUACAGCAGAUUCAGCAUGAUCUUAAAAACAAACUUCUGGAACAGAAUAGAAAAGUAUUCAUCAAAUGGAGGCAGAAUAAAUUUCCAAAACCGACAGUUCUGAGACUGCUUAAAGCCCUUUAUAGGGUCGGAAAAUUUGGCCCAACAUUCAAAGUUUUAAAAAAUCAUUUGGAAUAGAAAUUUUUUAACAGGUCGGAAAUGAUAUCUUUAACCGGCCUAUACUGUUUGUGUUUAUAUAUAGGUUCGAUCGGGACGCUGAAGUGCGAUGGUCCCCAUGACAUGCCAUAUUCUGGCGAUGGUCCUUUUACUGAUGCGCGAUAGUCUAUAAAACGAGUUUUAAAUCUACAGAUAACCAAUUUUUAUUAGAGUUUAAUUCUUUUUUUAUUAAUUUGUAUAUAUAGAUACCUAACAUUCAAAAUGUUCUCCAGUUGAAGAAAAAACAAUUAACCUGA